UCAAUAGUCAUGUUAAAUUCCUUUUUUUUUUUUUUUUUUGGUCUUUUCUCUUUUAAACUGGAACAAUCCCUCUGUUUUUCCAUAUCAAAGACUUUCUAAGGAGACUGGGUGUGAUGUCUUGAAGAACCUUCCUAUUUUUCAGAGUGUUUUUUGUUUGUUUUUUUUUCAAAUUUGAAAGACAUAAUGUCACAAGAACUGAGGAAAAUACCAUUUGCUUUUUCUUAGAUGAUUUUAAGUAUUAAUACAGAUGAAAGAAUUUUUAAAGAUGUGGACUAUCUUUGUUAGAAUAAUAAUUAAAGGUCUGCUUUUAUAUCCAUUAUUAAUUAAGGAGAGUCAAAGAGAAGUAAAGAGAUACAACGUUUUGUUUUUUUUUUAUAAAACGGUUUUUAUACCGUUUUCAUUACAUUUUUAUAAAACUGAGUUGUCAUUAUUUGUGCACGUAUGUGUUUGUGUGGGAAAACAUAGCCAGAUUCUACUUAACGUCCACAUCUUCUCUAACAAAAUAAAGCAAAAUGAAAAGCCACUUAGUUGUUUUUGUAAUGUGUUAGUGAGAACAGGAAAUGAAAGAAUCAUAUUAUCCCAUCAUAUUAUGUUAUAUCAUAAUCAUAUUAUAUUGUUAGUCCUUUAAAUGUAGCACUCUCAUUAUAAGCAGCUCUAAUCCUCUUAAUAUAUUAUGACUCAUUCAUUAUAACAAAUUAAGAAAGACAUGAGACACAAGAAUCUUUUCAGAUGAUUUCCAAACAGGCUUCUUUACCUAAUAUCCUUCAAUUGAGUUAGUUAUGAGUUUUCUGAUGGAAAAUAAGCCUAUUUCUGCUAGGUGUUUGUCAAAAUACUUGCAAAAUUUGUCAGUGGCCACCACCUUGACAACUGACAAGAAUAUCUUCCUGUCUCCUCCCUCCUUUCUCCUUUCUUCUUUUUUUUAAUGGAAAGAAUUUACUGUUAAAACUAUAUUAUAGGCUCUUGGUCGCGUUGACUGGCUGUGUGUAACCGCGGGUCACGGGCGCUCGCCUCCCACCACAGCUCAGCCCAGCGCCGCUGAGGCCGUCGGCCCCGAGCCUCCGCCAUGGACUUCGAGGAUGAUUACACACACUUUGCUUGCAGAAGUACUUAUCAGAGCUUUAAUGGAAUGGAUCAUGAUUAUGGCCCCGGAUCUUAUGGAGGGAUGGAUCGUGACUAUGGCCAUGGAUCCUGUGGGGGUCAAAGAUCCAUGGACUCCUACCUAAACCAGUCAUAUGGCAUGGACAGUCACAGUGGUGGUGGUGGGGGUAGCAGGUAAAUUGCUUCAUCACUUGGCCAAAUAAUUAGAUGACUGUAAGAUUCUGGAUAUUCUGAUUUCCUAUUCCUUAGGCAUGUGACGCUACUUGAACUUUGCUAUUUUAGAAUCACCUUAAACGUUGAAAGGUGUUAGUGGUUCUAAAAAUUAUCUCAGCAUCACUGGCAGACAUUAGGAAAAUCUCAGGAAAACCUUUAUCAUUUCAUUAUAAUAGAGUAAGAUUUUCUGUCUUUAGCAGUGAGCAUUUUUUUUCCUUCUUUACCUUUAACUGCUUAUCAAUCAGAAUGUCCUGAACAAAUGAUAUAAAAAUGUUAUUGGAAAUAUUAUUUGUGAAGCUUUUUGUUAUGAAUCUCCAAAAAUCUUUACUACUGUGGGGUACUCUAUAAAGCAGCAAAGCAGUCUUUGACUAGAAUGGGUUUAACUGAACCAGUCUAGCAACAUUCAAUUUCUAAGAAACAUUUAAAAUAGUUAUUCUUUUAAUUUUAAAGUAAGUUACAAGAGCAUAUUGUAAUAAUAAAAGUGUUCUUUAGGGCUUCCCUGGUGGUGCAGUGGUUGAGAGUCCGCCUGCCAAUGCAGGGGACGCGGGUUCGUGCCCCGGUCCGGGAAGAUCCCACAUGCCGCGGAGCGGCUAGGCACGUGAGCCAUGGCCGCUGAGCCUGAGCGUCCGGAGCCUGUGCUCCACAACGGGAGAGGCCACAACAGUGAGAGGCCCGCAUACCGCAAAAAAACAAACAAAAAACAACAACAACAACAAAAAAGUGUUCUUUAAAUCAUGUCUAGAUUAUUUAUUGGCAGGUACUGCUUAUACCAGAAACACUUGUGCUCUAGACUAGGAACAUUAUAUUAAAGCCAUGAGUAUGAUACCUUUGCUUAUUUUAAUGCAGUAGAAUUUAGAUUGUACUUAUGUUUCACUGUCAAUGCUGUGUAAAGCUUAAACCUAGUUGAACUCCUACAGGCUUUAGGGUUGACCACAUUUCAGGUCAAGGGGGGUCUACAGUUUGAGGCACAAAGAUUCCUACUAGAUAUAAGUAAAACUAGUUAGGAAACAUUUGAAAGUAUUGUCCUUCUUCAUAAAUUGAAGGAUCUGGAUUCCUUAAGGAUGGACCGAAAUGAUGCUUACUUUUCUUUUUUCUGCUUCAAGUGUGCCAUUAUGGUUUAUAGUAGAGAAAACUCAAGAAGAUAGAUACAACAAUUUUGUUUACGUGAUAGAUGUUUUGAAAAAUGUAGUUGAAAAGAGGAAUAAUUUUUACAUGGUUACUAGGAUUCAGAAGUAAAUAGUACCUUCUAUUUAGUGAUCUGUAAAUAAUUGAGGUAAUGUAACACAUUUAAAUGUUUUACCAUAUCUCUUCCUGCCCUAUUACAUUGUAAAUGUAACGUGCGUAAACUAUGUAGAUGUUAUCAUUUAUCUCGUGUAAUUGUGGGCCUUUAUAAAACGAUGUUGUAAGUUAAAAAAAAAAAAUCUAUAUUAUAGGACUUAUUUUUUACCCGAACUAAGAUAUAUAUAUCCCAUAAAAACUAAAGGAAGUGGGAAAUCUUCAAUAUAAAAAGUAUACAAUUUUAUGUGGGAUAAAUAUAAAUCCAA